CUGUACUAGACAUAAGUGGGCACUAAGCUUGUGGAUGGGGAUACACUGCCUCAAGUAUUUUUUUUUUCAAACAGAUGAAUACUAAAGUACUGUAGUAAUAUUAAGUGAUAAUGACAUUUUGAAACAUGUAAUGAGUAUCAAGUUGGUACUUAACCAAAACAUUUCUUUCUCUGUAAUACAGUGCCAUCAAGAGUAGCUCAAGGAUCAAAAUAAAGAGUUCGCUCCUAAUACUUUAACAUCAUGACAGAAGCUGGAACUGGGCCCCCUGCAUUAUCCUUUCCUGACAGUUCUAUUGGUGCAGAUCUACAGAAGUCCCUAGAGGAGUUGACAAAGGCCAUAGAAGAGAAAUCUGACUGUGCAGAAUAUUAUUGCCAAAGAGCUUAUGCCCACAUACUUCUCCAAAAUUACAAUGAUGCUGUUUUAGAUGCAAAGAGGUCCCUGGAGCUCCAGCCUAACAAUGCUAGCGCUUUCCUCAGCAAAGGGGAGGCUGAAUUUCAUUUACAGAAUUAUUCUUCAGCUGAAGAAAGUUUCAGAAAAGGACAGAUAUUAGACACCUCCACUUCUACAUUUCCUACAUGGAUUAAAUGGUGUGAGAAAAAGCUAAACGUUUCAACAGAAGGGCAAUCGACUAACAAUCCGCAGACAUCACUGAAAUACAGGCAUGACUGGUACCAAACAGAAUCUCACAUCAUCAUUACAGUUAUGAUCAAGAACGUACAGAAGAAUAAUGUCCAUGUACAGUUUUCAGAAAGAGAGUUAACUGUUAAUAUGAAUCUACCUUCAGAAGAAAACUACAGUUUAAAGCUGCAUCUCCGUCAUGUCAUUAUACCUGAGCAGAGUAUAUUCAAAGUUCUUUCAACGAAGGUAGAGAUCAAAUUUAAGAAAUCCGAGGCAAUAAGGUGGGAAACCUUAGAGGGCAAGGCAGAUAAUCAAGUGAAGCAUUUUAAUCCAGAUGGAGUCUGGAGGAACUGUGCUGAGCACCAACUGGACAGAUGUGGGCAAGAAGAAAGUCGAAGUAAACCCUCCAGAUGAUAUGGAGUGGAAACAAUACUAGUUAUCAGCCGCAGUCCAUACAGAUUGCAGUGUACGUUUAUUGAGUCAGUCUGAUGCACAUCACUUUUAAACUUUUUGUGUCCUUCUUUUUCCCAGAAUGCUAUUCUAUUAAAUGUUGCACAAAGUGAAUGAAAUGACAUUGGAACCUUCUCCUUUAUUCUUGUUGAAAGGAGACAGCCCUGUAGUAUGUAUACAUCAUUACUUGGAUAACUUAUUAGCUGGAGGUUCAUCUCUUCUCUGAUGCCUGUUGUAAAGCUUUCUCACUCACCUGUUCUUGGCUUUUUUAU